UAUAUACAUUUUACCAUUUAAAUACAAUGUAUCUAUCAUGACUUAAGUGACUUAUAAAAAUAUGCAAAAACAAAUACUUGUAUUAUAUUUUGAGAUAAUUGGUGUUAUAAAUCAUUAUAAUGUUUACUUUAAUUUAAAAGAGAGAACCACUACAGAACUGUUUACAGAGACUAUAACAGCAGAAACAGCAAACAUUGAAAAGUCGACGGCAUUGAUACACAUAACAACUACUAUAACAAUAACAACAGAGAAAACAACAGAUGUUGACAGAAUAAACAGCAUGCAAACUGAUGUGAACAGCGAUCAUGGUAAAAAAGAAACAGCCACAAAUUCAGGACCGUCGGAACAAGAACAGUUUUAUUAUUGGUUACUAGGAGCUGGACUUGUGCUGGUAUUAUGUUUAUCGGUUAUAUGCAAUGCUUGUCUCAACCGUAAGUGUCGAACCAAGACCAAGACAUUAGAACAUAGAUCGAAAGAUAAGUCUGCAAGUGAUAUACAACUCAACAAGAUUGAUGAAGAAGAAGAUAACAAACCAAAUGUGCAUGGAAAGGCCAUUAUGGUUCAAAUCGAAGAGGAAUCGUCGUAUGAAUCAAUUGAUGAAAACAAAAUGACACAUUAUGAUUAUCCAGAUCAAAGUGAUUUGAAAAAUUACGGAAAAAGUCCAGGUCUGCCAAUACGUCCUUAUUUGUUAUCGCAAUCAAAACCACUAUAUUUAGAUGUUGUCGAUGAUAUUGAUUUAAAUAAAGUAAUCGGUUCUAUAGGAGAUCUAAGUUUAAAUAAAACAAAAUCUGCUGAAUUUGGUACGUCACGUACACAUAUUUUUCUAAACACAACAGAAUUAGAUAACAAUGCAGGUACACUCUCACACUUGAAUAAAGUAAAUUCAAAAGCAAUAGUACAAGUGCAUUCCGAAAAGAAGCCGGAAUCUAUAAAUUUGAUUGACGGCGACAUAUCAUCAGACGAUUGUGACGUCACGUCCGUUAAAACAGAUGAAUAUUUAAAUCCAUAUGUACCACUCAUUCCAGAUGAAAUGGAAUAUUUACACAGUUACACUACCCCAAUAAAACAAGAGUUGCCACCAAUAAACAAGGCAGCAAGUGCAAUAGAGACUCAAACGAAUCUUGACAGAGAACAUAAACCAAAAUAUGAGUCAAAGAUAGAAAGUGUUAAUAUGAACACAAAGUCCGAUUCUGGGAAUUCUUUAAACGAAAAGCACUCAAUUUAUGAAGACAAUACAACAGAUCCAUAUGUGCCGUUAAAUAAGAAUGAAACUGAUUAUUUGCAAACUUCCACACCAAAUGCAUCUGUAUCUUCUUGCUCCAAAACGAAAUCUAGAUGUGCUGAUACAAGUACAUUAAAUAAAGUAUCCUCUAAAAACAAUUUUCUUACGAAUGAAUAUGAGGACGGGUUUAGUUCUAACACUAAUCUGUCCAAAGUGUAAUUAUUUACUAUAUUUUAACAAACAUGUGCACAUAUAAUGCUAUGAUAUUUUAUUACACUAUGUAAAAAUUGAUAGCUAAAUACAUUUCUUAUAUUGGU